AUGAUGUACCCUAAAGGAGUCUUCCAGGAGGAAGGAGAGUUGACUUUGUACAUGAAUGCGUCUCAUCACGUAACCAGUGGUCCAAAGGAGAAAACAUUGGCCGUCUAUAAACUGCGAGUGUUAGACCAACUCCAUCGCAACCACUAUGAACAAAAGUACACUAGAUGGUUUCGCUAUGAUCCGGACCGUCUAGAUCACAUUUGGUUGACGGAUUACCUUGAUGUGCCAAUGAACAAACUCAAGGAACCUUCGUGGGGAUUUCUGGCGAACGAUCAGAUAUAUGUCGGUGUUGAGUUCUUACUUUUGUCCACUACCGAGGAUCUCUGA